AUGGCGUCCACCACCAAGGUUGUUCAGGUAGCAAAGCCACAUACUCCACUGAUAAAGUUCCCUAACAGAAGAGACAAUCAUAAACUCAGUGUCUCAGAAGCUAUGAGAUCAGCAGGGCUCCUGCCCCACUCUAUAAUCACACAGCAUUCUAAAGGAAGUAAAGCCCCAGAUUUGCUGAUGCAUCAGGGUCCACCAGACACUGCAGACGUAAUCAAAACCUUACCUCAGAAAUACAGAAGGAAACUCAUCUCUCAAGAAGAAAUGGAAUUUAUCCAACAUGGAGGUCCAGAAUGAUCCUUGUGGCUGCUAUUUGUCAUCAGACAAAAGAAUUAUCUUUGCAAUAAAGGACUUCCAAAAACACAAAUGAAAAAUUGUAUAUUAAGCAACCUUAAUAAAUAAAUAUUCUGCACA